CCCCUCAGUGGUCAGAAUUUGCCCCGCUAAUUUUAAUCGCUCCCGUCUCUCGGCGGCCCGUAAGAACGAACGACUGCGCGCUCAACGUCGCCGCCGUCCACAGCCUAGUCGAUCAAAUGGACCGCCAGGCGUCAACCUACCAUGUGGUGGCGAUGCCGUAUCCCGGACGAGGCCACAUCAACCCCAUGAUGAACCUGUGCAAGAUCCUGGCCUCCCAAGCCCCGCACCUCGCCAUCACCUUCGUCCUCACCGAGGAGUGGCUCGCCCUCAUCGGCUCUGACCGGAAGCCGAGCAACAUAUCCUUCGCCACCAUCCCGAACGUGCUACCGUCUGAGAGGGUCCGUGCUCAGCACUACUACGAGUUCUUCGUGGCCGUCUCCACGAAGAUGGAGGCCCCGUUCGAGGAGGUGCUCGACCGGCUCCGCCCUCCGCCGACCCUCAUUGUGGCAGACACGUUCCUGCCCUGGGCGGUCCGCGUCGGGAAUCAGAGGAACAUUCCGGUGGCCUCGUUUUGGUCUACUGCGGCCUCAAAUUUCUCCUCCUUGUCCCACGUCCAACUUCCCGAGCAGAAUGGCCAUUUACCACAUAAUUUGUCAGGGGACGAAACGGUGGAUUCCGUUCCUGGGAUUCCUUCAACGCAUUCGAACUUCGUUGAUGAAAAGAUUAUGCAGAUUGUCCGCCCAAUGCUCGGUUGGGUCCGUCGAGCACAGUACCUGUUGCUUUCUUCUGUGUACGAGAUGGAAUCUCAGGCGGUCGACGCUCUGAAGCCGACCCUGUCGUUUCCUAUUUACACCAUCGGUCCAUCCAUCCCGUACCUUGAGCUUGAAGACGAUCCUCGCUCGAUCAGCGACUCGAACUACGUAACAAAUUGGCUGGACAGCCAGCCGGGCAGCUCUGUUUUGUACCUGUCUCUAGGCAGCUUCCAUUCGGUUUCCAGCUCCAAAAUAGAUGAGAUCGCGGCAGGGUUGCGCAACAGUAAUGUCCGGUUCUUGUGGGUGGCGCGCGACGAGGUUUCUAGGCUGAAGGAACUGUUGCCUGACGGGGACAUGGGGAUUGUGGUGACGUGGUGCGACCAGUUGAGGGCAUUGACACAUCCAUCGAUCGGGGGGCUAUGGACCCAUUGCGGGUGGAACUCGAUCCUGGAGGGUGUCUAUGCAGGGCUUCCAUUCCUGGCGUACCCGAUAGCCAUGGACCAAGGUGCCAAUUGCAAGCUCGUCGUGGAUGAUUGGAAGGUCGGGUGGAGGGUGGAUGAGGGAGACAUCGCGGGGCAAGUGCGUAAGUUCAUGGAUUCGGGCAACAGCGAGAGCAAAAAGCUGAGGAGGAGGGUCGACCACCUUCAAGAGUUAUGCCGCCGCGCGAUUGGACCCGAUGGAUCGUCCGGUACUAAUAUCGGUGCCUUCAUUAGGGACAUUUCAUGCGGUGCGGCGAAAAUUCAGGACAGUAUUUAGUACUUCAAUCUCUUGUUGAACAUAGCCAGGGUUAUUGUUCGCUGUCAAUUUUGUGAGGGUUAAAGGUUACUUCUAUAGUAUCCCACCUUUUAAUUUGGCGUCCCUUUGUGAUUUUGGUGAUAGAA